GUCAUGAUGGGAAUAUUCUCGGUUGAGAUAGUCAUGGCGUCACUGGCGAAAGAGGACUACUACCUCAGCUUCUUCUUCUGGCUCGACAUCAUCUCAACCCUCUCCCUGAUCCUGGACAUCCCCGCGGUGAGCGAGUACAUCAUGGGCAGCGACGAGGAGCUGCGCGACGUCCGCGGGUCCAAGACGGCCAGGCUCGGCGCCAGGAUCGGCCGCAUCGUGCGCGUGCUGCGGCUUGUGCGCAUACUCAAGCUGUACAAGACGGUGUUCGAGCAGGCACAGGAGAAGAGGAGAAGGAAACGGCUGGCGAAGAAGCGCAAGCCGGGGGAGGACGACGAAUGGGCGGAGAUGGAGCUCACCACGCAGGAGCGUCGCGAGAGCCGCGUGGGCAUGAGGUUGUCGGAGCUGACGAUCCGCCGCGUCAUCUUCUUGGUUCUGUUCAUGAUGCUGGUGUUGCCCCUCCUGAAGGUGAACCUUGUGGACCAGUUCGCCACCUCCGCGCAGUACGGCGCCGACCUCGUCUACAGCACUUUCAGCAAGCUUGAGCAGGCGUCUGGCACCGAGGCUGAGCCGUCCGCGCGCGUGGCUUACGAGAAGGCGAUGCUCAAGUACGUGUAUUACCACAGCUGGUACACGAGGCGGCCGGCGGCGUGCUACUUCCUCCACGACUGCACCCUGGACGACUUCACCUCCAGCAUGUUCUGGUUCGGGAUCGCCGCCAGCGAGAGCGAGGUGCUGCAGGAUAAGAUCGCACUGGCGCAACUGAACAGCAGCUACAUCGAGUCCUGGGAUGCCGACCAGACCCAGCUGGCGCAAGCCGCGGAUAGCAGUUCUUGGAGGGAAAGCUACUUCAUGCCGCUGGAGCAGAGGCUGAAGAUGGGGUCGCUGAGCACGGACUGCCCCUACGAGGACGUGUACAAAAGGCUGGGUGUAUCCUUCCUGGACGAGGGUGUCGCGGACUUUCCUUCCUGGACAACGAGGGCAUACCCUUCUUGGACGGGAAAGCAGACAGUAGACUACCGCGUGAAGUGUCCGGAGAACCUGCGGCAGAUUGAGAGGAAGAAGGUCUCCCCGCAGCUCCAGGUCACGAGGGCGACGCACGAGACGUGGCACUUCGCCUUCUACUUCGACCUGAGGCCCUUCGUCUUCGAGGAGGCGCUGUUCUCGCUGGUGAUCACCGCCUUCGUGCUCCUCAGCCUGCUUCUCACCUCCUUCCAGUUCGCAGCCGACGCCAAUGUGCUCGUGCUGCACCCCGUGGAGAACAUGAUGCAGAAGGUCGAGACCAUCCGCAGCAACCCGCUCCUGGCGACCAAGGUGGCAGACGAGGAGCUCAAGCGGGAGCAGAUCGCGAAGGCGAGGAAGAGCCGCGACGGAAAGGGGAUGAAGGAGACCAUCAUGCACAACAUGAACGAGAAGCUCUGCUGCAUGGGCAAGCAGGGCACCAGCGAGCUCAUGGAGACGGUCAUCCUGGAGAAGACGAUCAUCAAGCUCGGAUCGUUACUCGCGCUCGGAUAG